AUGCUUGACCGUUUUUUCGGUGUGCUCAUGCUUGUGGUGAUCACUGGUCGCAGCCCCCGUUUGGCCGAAGGUGAAAAGAACGGCCACAUUCUGCGAUGGGUGGAGGAUUGCGUUUCAUCCAACAACCCCACCCUCCUCAAGGACCAGGACAUGGACGCCCCAGAUGAUGCUGUGCUGUGCCUGGCCCAGCUGGCUCUGCGCUGCACUGUGCAGCGCACUGCAAGCCGGCCCAGCAUAACCACCAUUGCCAACGAGCUGCAGGGAAUCAGGCACGAGGUGGUGGGGAAGGAGGUGCUGAGUGCGGCGGUAAAGGUGGAUGAGCAAGCAGAGGGGAUGCGAAGUGGGACGUCGUAUCCCAAUAACUUGGCUGCAAUGUUGGAAGCUAUUAAGAGCAUGGAGGAGGAGGAGUCUACUGGGGAGCAAUCAGAUAUCAUCUGA